UGGAAAGACGGACUGGAAAGGGUGUCGUACACCAACAUGGCGGCGCUCAUGGACACGAGAAUAUUGCUUCGAAAAAUUAAAGAUUUACGGUGCCUGACACCCCGACGGAAUCGCGUGAAAGCCAAAUGGGCUGGCUCUCAGCCCAAGUACCCUGCCACAAACCUGGCCCUACAGAACUUUGAUGCCACCUACAGCUUACAGCUGGGAGAGCAGUGGCCCUCUGUCCGCGUCAGCAUGCUUUGUGAGCAGAAGUACGGGGCCCUGGUAAACAAUUUCUCCACCACAGAAGGGGUCAUCGCAGACCUGCAGUCCCAGGGAUGUAGAGACUUUGUCUGCCAACCAGUUGGUGUAGGAGGUCUGGAGAGACUGCAGGCGCCUGGAUUUCCUCUCCACGAUAACCCUUCAACCCUCGAGUCUGUUGGUGUCAGUCAAGAUGUGGCUCCUCCUCACCUCCGCACCAAUAUCAAGUGCUUUGUUUUCCCCGGGGGAGACAUCUCCAGAUUCAAGCCUUCUAGACCCGACUUGUAUGGGAUGCUUGGGUACUACCUCAUGGAUGCGGCAUCCGUUUUGCCUGCCCUGGCCCUGGAUGUCCAGGAAGGACACUCUGUGCUGGACGUCUGUGCCGCCCCAGGGGGCAAGACCCUGGCCCUGCUCCAGACACAGGCCAUCCGAUUUCUGUGCGUCAAUGACAUCUCAGUGUCUCGUACCUACCGCCUCCAGCGGGUCCUCAACAGCUACGUUCCGAAAGAGCUUUUGACAGAAGAAAGAAUGCGCAUUACUUCCUUUGACGGCAGGAAAUGGGGAGAAAUCGAAAGGGACACCUUUGACAGAGUCCUUGUUGAUGUUCCCUGCACCACAGACAGACACUCUGUCAUGGAGGAUGAAAACAACAUUUUCAAGAGGGCCAGGACAAAGGAGAGACAGAGGCUGCCCCAGCUGCAGACAGAACUCCUCCUUGCUGGUAUUGAGGCGGUUCGUCCGGGGGGACAGGUGCUCUACUCCACCUGCUCCCUGUCCCAGCUGCAAAACGAGUAUGUGGUGGAGCGGGCCAUGCACCUGGCCCGGGAGGAACACGGCAUCAGCCUGCAAGUAGUCGACCUUCGACCCAUCACACGCCUCUUUAAGGACACCUUCCACUUCGCCCCCGACCUCCACUUGGGACAGCUGGUCCUUCCUCACCUCACCGCUAACUUUGGGCCUAUCUACAUGUGCAAGCUACGGAGGUUAAACUAGAACUGAUGGACAUGAAUUUAAUUCCCUUCACUACAACUUUAUUUAUCCCUUCAGGGGCAACCUGAUUUAAUCGGUCAUAACGUCUGACUUUUCGUAUUUAUGUAUUAAUGUGAAGCACCACAAAUAAAUAUGUUGAUUAAUGGACUAAAAAAAUUAUAACUGUUUCAACAUUCAAUUUUCAGUGGACUUAUACAUUUUUAUGCAGUGCUGCUUUUGGCCUCUAGUUGUCAGUAUUAGACAGUUAUACAAGUCGGUGCUCUCUUUGUAUCGAAAACAGAGGAGUCAAAGUUACUGGACCCAUGAGGAUAAACUCAAAAUAUUGCUCUGUCCAACUCUUAUAGAAUGGGUGAAAAGCAGAAAGUUUAUUUGGUUUUAGAGCAAUCAAAUAGAUUUUAUGAAGCCCUUUUUACAUCAGCAGUUGUCACAAAGUGCUUUACAAGAAACCCAGCCUUAAACCUCAAAGAGCAAGCAAUGACGUUGCGGAAGCACAGGGCUCCGAACCCUGUUCCUAGAGAGAUACCAUCCUGUAGGUUUUCUCUCCAACCCCAGUUUUAACUAACCUGAUUUAAUUUUAUCAACCAGCUGAUUAUUACAAUCAGGUGUGCUAGGUAAGGGUUUGACCGAACACCUAGAGGACGGUAUCUCUACAGGAACAG